AUGACAGGCGACUGCGGAGACUCGUGCCCCUACCCGGGGGGCUUUACCUCCUACUCGCCUUCGGUAAUUGGUAGUGCCAUCUUUCUGGUAGCCUUUGCGCUGCUCGUGCCUCUAGCCUUGUACCAAGGCUUUCGUUUCAAGACGCCCUUAUUCGCUUCGACUCUGGCGACCGGUCUUCUUCUGGAGGUACUGGGCUUCGCCGGAAGAUUGAGGCUCCAAGAGGAUACCGCCAGCCGAACCUCAUUCUCCCUAUGGCUCAUCGGUGCCAUCUUGGGCCCUACUCUCAUCGCGGCGGCCAUAUGUCAGAUCCUCCCCCAUGUCAUCGCCCUGUAUGGUCUUGGGAUUGGCUUUACCCGACCAAGGGCUACAGUCCUGUUACUCAUAUUCGCUCUUGCCCUCGUCGUUGCGCUAGAAAUUGCCGGUGUUGUGUCGGCUGUCGUUGGACUAGGUGGUGUUCAGACACCUUCGAUCCUUCUUGCAGGCUUAGGCGUCCAGAUUCUGGCGUUGCUGCUCUUCGUCGGGCUGUUCCUUUGGUUUACCCAAAAGAUUCCUGACCCAAAGCACAUUGCGGUGUACCAAGCACCGCGUUUCAAGAAUUUUGUCAAGAUGAUACCGGCAGUCGCUGUCGUCUUAAUGGGACACACCAUCUAUCGACUCGUUGAGUUUUGGGACGGACUCGGUAGCCCUCUUCAGCGGUCGGAAGCCGCAUCUCUCGUCAUUGGCAGUGCUUUGCCACUGCUAGUCGCCUCGAUUCUAUGCGUAUAUCAUCCUGGCGCAUCUUUCGGUCGGGCUUGGAGUCUUACUUCGCCGCGAUACCGAUCUCUUUCUUUGCGGUCGCGCCGCCAUGCUCCAUCACCUCUUCAUUCGCCAACUGCGCCUUGGGACGACCACAAGGGGCCCCGUCAGCCGGGCUUCACGGCCACACGGUUCCCGGACAAGAAGAUGUCGCCCGUUGGAGUCGGCCCAGUUCCCUUGAGAGAGUCAACAAUGGCAAGCAAAGUUGCUGGCAGCGCCGGGAACAGAUCGAUCACCUACCCCAGCCCCAUCGCUUCAACACACAAGCUGAGCCCAAUCGCCUCACAGCACAAACAAAGCCCAACGUACCAGGGUACUCAACAACAGCCGGCAAAUCCGAAUCGCUAUAGUUCUAACAGGCCCAAUAUGAAGCCGAUGGUAAACAGUGAAGAGCUGUGGUAG